AUGAAAAAGUUCACUCUACCCUACCUAACUGACAGUGAUUCAAAUAAAAGCGUCAACAGUCUAGCCAAUAAUUCCGCCAAUUCAACUAUGCAGAUUGAACUACCGAAAAUUACAGAGUUGCACAUUAUUAUUACAGAUUUAAACAAACAGACCACAUUGAAAGUAAUCGGCGACGCAAUUAUAUUAGAUAUUAAAAAGAAACUUUUGCAUACAUUCGGUUGCUUUUUAAACGAUGCACAGAACUGGGGCCUGUAUCAACCAGAUGAACCGAGUAGAAAGGGUAAAUUCCUUGAAGAAGAACGUCUUCUAUCAGAAUACAUCAGUGGAAAGAUAUUGGUUACCUUAGAGUUUAUUUAUAAGCGUCGCACCGUGCCACCAUUCAACAUCUCACCAGCAUUGAUGAGUAAAAUAUCCAAGAAUUUUGUCAAGACAUUUUUCCGAUAUGUAUCUCGAGGAGAAUGUCAAAAAGUGGAGAAACUGUUGUCCAAAGGCUUUGAUCCCAAUCUACACUGUCCGAAAACAGGAGAAACACCGCUGACAAUAGCAGUAACCCGGUCGAAACCAUAUGAAAUGAUAUCAACGUUGAUCUCGGGGGGUGCACAUCGGGAUUUCUAUUCUUUGGCUGGUUAUACACCAUUGCAUAAAGCUGUGACAGUUGGCAAUUUCGAAGGUGUUAAGACAUUAUUAGAUUUUGGACAAUCACCAAACUGUUUAGACAGAUCUGGUUUAACUCCUUUGUAUUACAAUAUACUAUAUGAUCCGGAUACAAGAAUAUGUCACAGUCUGUUGUAUGAACACUCGAGAAUCGGUGUUGUCGACAAGGACGGUCUACAGGAAAUCCAUCAAGUAAGUGGUAUUUUCUAA